AUGGCUUCCACGUCGGUCGAUCUGGAUGUCUCCCCCAACCCCCGAACCCGGGAGGAGAACCAGGAACGUGCCUUUAUUGCGGCCUCGAGACGCAAGGACCGCAGCUUGGAUGCCCGUCUAGAAUCCGCCAACCGAGCCUCCCUGCUGCACAAGCAGCGCACGGGCAAGGCGCUCCUGAUCAGCCGGGAGAUUGUCGAAAAAGAGGCCAUGUACGAAGAAGUCGACGACCGAUACAAGGAAAAGCUCAACCGCAUGAUCCAGAUGCAGACCAUGUCGAUGAAGGAUGAUUUCCCCCACAGCCUCCUCACGUCGCUGCCCUUUCGUCCUGGCGGGCUGCAGCAACGGCGGGCCUCGAGUAUGACGCCGCGGGCGUCGAUGGAUGGGAUCCGCAAGAUGAGCCUGGACUUGUCCGGGCUGCGAGCCUCGGUGACGGAUGGUAUGCAUGGGAGCCCGAUGGCCAGUCCCAUGGGGAUGGGGCCGUCGUAUGUGAUGUCCCCCACUUUCGAUGCGAGCUCCCAGUCGCCAUCGUAUCCCAACGUGGUUCCCGCGUCGUCGGGUCCGCUGCCAUCCUACCUGGCGCCGGGCCAAGCGCCGGCGUCGACGUGGGCGUCGCAGACGAUCGGACCCCAGGCGGCGCGGGGGUCGUGGGCGGGCUUCCCCAUGCCCAUGGGCGACCUCACCAUGUCGGCGCCGCCGCGGCAGUUCAGGGACCGCAUGGGGUCGGCGCCCGUGAUCCCGGUGCAGGCCGUGCCAUCGGCCAGUGGGGCGCGCACGGCGUCGCAGCACUCGCGCAACCGCUCCGAACCCGGCCAGCCGCAGACGCUGGGCCGGACACCCCAUGUGGACAUGCUGCCUACGGAGCCGCUGCCCACGCCGGAGCUGUGCCCCACGCCCAGCACGCCGCACUCGCCGACAUCGGGGGCGAAGCAGGCGGACUUUCUCAACUGGGAGGGGCUGGACAAGGACGCCGAGGGCCUGGGGUUUUCGCAUGGGCUGUCGGAUGAGGACUUUGACAACUUCAACCAGUACGCGCUGAGCUUGAACAGUAACAGCGGACUGGCGGAUGAUUUCAAGAUUGACGAGCUGGUGGCGUUUGAUGAUUUUCCGGUCAGUGCAUAG